AUGUCGGGAGCACUCCAAUGGAGCUUAUGUCCUCGUGGUUCUCAAUCAUUUGGGGAUGAUAGGGAUUUCAAAAUGGUGACUUAUGUGAAGGGCCUUUAUGCUCUUAAUGAUGCUUUUGCUGAUCCCGUAUCUACCGAGAUUGAGGCAAAAUUUGACUCUUGGAUUGGUGAAGGAUUGCUUAAACAUCCUAGGCAUUAUAAUUGUUAUGAAGACGGCGCAAAGAAAUUUACCCCGGGUUUUAGGCUAGGUGUUGAUUAUGUUGAGGAUAAAACUUGGUUUUACCAUUUGGCCACAUGCGACAUGUUUAUGAACGACUCGCAUAUGAACACCAUAUUCUAUUACCUUCGGAAAAAAGGUAAGUAUUCUUCCGCUGUGACGUUGAAUUUCGCAACUACUGAUUGUCUUUUUGAUGAUUCCAUCCAAGCAUUGUACCACAAAUUUAACAAGGCCAAGUCAAUGAAGACUAAGAUGUCACACAUUCACGCUGCCCACCCAAUUGCGCAUUACAUCCGAGGUAUGCACAUUCCCUGUUCCAAGCCUUGGUAUGAAGCCGAUCACGUGCUUUUCAUCAUCAAUUUAAGAAGGGAAAGUCAUUGGGUUUUUGGGCGUCUUGACGUGAACGAAGGGACGUUGUUUCUGUACAAUUCUUUGAGAACCGCGAAGAUGAAUGCCGCGGUAGGAAUGCGAUGA